GUUUCAUUACCAGCUUCUGCACCGUACCGGGCAGACAGGAACACCAACACAAUCAAAAGCUGGCAGGCUGACGCAGACAGCAGCUUUACAGGACGGAUUAUCUGGUAACUGACCAUUUAGCUGUGGCACACUCGGACUCUGUGUAAAAGUGGGAUUUCGACCAUGAGCUCCGUCGCAGUACUGACACAGGAAAGCUUCAAUGAGCACCGCAGCGGCCUCCUGCCUGAGCAGGUCGCUGCUGCCAGCACCGAGCCUAGCGAGUCGGGUGAUGACGAAACCCUGCCAACCUACAAGGAUGCCUUCCCCCCUCUGCCUGAGAAGGCAGCUGUGCCUGAGGGGAUGCAGGAACCGGGCAACGCCUGGACGUCUAAGAUUCGGCCGCUAAAAUCCUCUGUUAUCACCCAGGUUUUCCAUGUGCCACUGGAGGAGCGCAAGUACAAGGACAUCAGCCAGUUCGGGGAGGGCGACCAGGCCAAGAUCUGCGUGGACAUCAUGCACAAGACUGGGGCACACCUGGAGCUGUCCAUGGCCAAGGACCAGGGCCUGUCCAUCAUGGUGUCCGGCAAGCUGGACGCCGUCAUGAAGGCCCGCAAGGAGAUUGUGUCCCGGCUGCAGACUCAGGCCUCCGCCACUGUGGCCAUCCCCAAGGAGCACCACCGUUUUGUCAUUGGCAAGAACGGGGAGAAGCUGCAGGAGCUGGAGCUGAAAACUGCCACCAAGAUCCAGAUCCCACGGCCCGACGACCCCAGCAACCACAUCAAGAUCUCCGGCACCAAGGAGGGCCUGGAGAAGGCCAAGCACGAGAUCCUGCUCAUCUCCGCCGAGCAGGACAAGCGUGCGGUGGAGCGGGUGAACAUCGAUAAGGUGUACCACCCCUUCAUCACUGGGGCCUUCAACAAGCUGGUGGGUGAGAUGAUGCAGGAGACAGGCGCCCGCAUCAACGUCCCCCCGCCCAGCAUCAACAAGACUGAGAUCGUCAUCACUGGGGAGAAGGAGCAGGUGGCCCAGGCUGUGGCCAUGAUCAAGAAGAUUUACGAAGAGAAGAAGAAGAAUGCCACCACCAUUGCAGUGGAAGUGAAGAAGUCUCAGCACAAGUAUGUGAUCGGCCCUAGGGGAAACACCCUGCAGGAGAUUCUGGAAAGGACGGGCGUCUCGGUCGAGAUCCCACCCCCCGACAGCAGCUCUGAAACUGUCAUCCUCCGUGGAGAGCCAGACCGGCUGGGCCAGGCGCUCACUGAGGUGUAUGCCAAGGCCAACAGCUACACUGUGUCCUCCGUCUCAGCUCCUUCCUGGCUUCACCGCUUCAUCAUUGGCAAGAAGGGUCAGAAUCUGGCCAAAAUCACCCAGCAGAUGCCCAAGGUGCACAUUGAGUUCACCGAGGGUGAGGAUAAGAUCACGCUGGAGGGGCCCACUAAAGAUGUACAGAUGGUGCAGAGCCAGAUUGAAGCCAUUGUCAUGGACCUGGUAAGCCGCAUGGACUACACCGAGAUCAGCGUGGAUCCCAAAUUCCACCGACACCUGAUCGGAAAAGGCGGUGCCAACAUUAAUCGCAUCAAGGAGCAGCACAAGGUGUCGGUGCGCAUCCCCCCUGAUAAUGAGAAGAGCAACCUGAUCCGCAUCGAGGGGGACCCCCAGGGUGUGCAGGAAGCCAAGAAAGAGCUGCUGGAGCUGGCGUCGCGCAUGGAGAACGAGCGUACAAAGGACAUGAUUAUCGAACAGCGUUUUCAUAGAGCCAUAAUUGGACAGAAAGGAGAGAAGAUUAAGGAAGUCCGGGAUAAGUUCCCUGAGGUCAUAAUCAACUUCCCUGACCCAGCCCAAAAAAGCGACAUUGUUCAGCUUCGGGGGCCCCGGACUGAAGUUGAGAAAUGUUCCAAAUUCAUGCAGAAGAUGGUGGCUGAAAUGGUGGAGAACAGCUUUUCUGUGUCUGUCCCCAUCUUUAAGCAAUUCCACAAGAACAUCAUUGGGAAAGGAGGAGCAAAUAUUAAAAAGAUCCGUGAGGAGACCAACACCAAGAUUGACCUGCCUGCAGAAAACAGCAACUCUGAGAUGAUUGUCAUCACUGGGAAGAAGGCCAACUGUGAGGCUGCAAAGAACCGCAUUCUGGCCAUCCAGAAAGAGCUGGCUAACAUCACAGAGAUGGAGGUGUCCAUUCCCUCCAAGUUGCACAACUCCCUGAUUGGCUCCAAAGGCCGGUUUGUGCGCUCCAUCAUGGAGGAGUGUGGGGGAGUGCACAUCCACUUUCCCACCGAGGGAUCUGGCAUUGACACGGUCACCAUCCGUGGCCCAGCGGAGGAUGUGGAGAAGGCCCGAAAGCAGCUCCUUUCCCUGGCUGAGGAGAAGCAAACCAAGAGCCACACGGUGGAACUUCGUGCCAAACCAGAGUACCACAAGUUCCUCAUUGGGAAAGGCGGCGGCAACAUCCGGAAAGUGCGUGACAGCACUGGUGCCCGUAUCAUCUUCCCUACAAGCGAGGACAAGGACCAGGAGCUGAUCACAGUGGUGGGCACAGAGGAGGCCGUGAGAGAGGCCCAGAAAGAGCUGGAAGCGCUCAUCAAGAGCCUGGAUAACGUGGUGGAGGACUUCAUGAUGGUGGACCCCAAGCACCACCGCUACUUUGUGGCACGCCGCGGCCAGGUGCUGAGGGAGAUUGCUGACGAGUACGGGGGCGUGAUGGUGAGCUUCCCUCGCACUGGCUCACAGAGCGACAAGGUCACCUUGAAGGGAGCCAAGGACUGUGUGGAGGCUGCCAAGAAGCGCAUGGAGGAAAUCAUUGAGGACCUGGAUGCCCAGGUAACCAUGGAGUGUGUGAUCCCUCAGAGGUUCCACCGCUCCAUCAUGGGCCCCAAAGGCUCCAGGAUCCAGCAGAUCACCAGAGAUCACAAUGUGCAGAUCAAGUUCCCUGAGCGAGAGGAUGCCCAGGGUCCUCCAGCUGAACCCCCUGUGCAGGAGAACGGAGAGGCGAAUGGUGAGGUGAAGGAGCCCGCUGACCCCUCUGUUCCCCGAAAGUGUGAUGUGAUCAUACUGUCUGGGCGCAAGGAGCGCUGUGAGGCAGCAGUGGAGGCACUCAAGGCUUUGGUUCCUGUGACCAUAGAGGUGGAAGUGCCAUAUGAACUUCACCGUUACAUCAUUGGCCAGAAAGGAAGUGGAAUUCGCAAAAUGAUGGAUGAAUACGAGGUCAAUAUCCAAGUGCCUGCUCCUGAACUGCACUCCGACACCAUCUCCAUCACCGGCCUGGCCAGUCACCUGGACCGUGCCAAAGAGGGCCUUCUGGAGCGUGUCCGAGAGCUGCAGGCCGAGCAAGAGGACCGGGCUCUCAGGAGCUUCAAGCUGACCAUCACUGUGGACCCUAAGUAUCACCCCAAAAUCAUCGGACGCAAAGGCGCCAUCAUCACCCAGAUCCGCAAUGACCACGAUGUCAAUAUCCAGUUCCCAGAGAAGAAUGAUGAGAAUCAGGAUCAGAUCACCAUAACCGGGUAUGAGCAGAAUGCCAUGGCUGCCCGUGAUGCCAUCCAGGCUAUUGUGGAUGAGCUGGAGGAAAUGAUCUCUGAGGACAUCACUCUGGACAGCAGAGUUCACGCUCGCAUCAUUGGCGCACGUGGCAAAGGCAUCCGCAAGAUCAUGGACGAGUUCAAGGUUGAUUUGAGGUUCCCUCAAAGUGGAGCUGCAGACCCCAACCUUGUGACUGUCACAGGGAGACCUGAGCUGGUGGAUGAAGCCAUCGAUCACCUCCUGAACCUGGAGGAGGAAUACAUGGCAGAUGUGGUUGAGAAUGAGUCUAAGCAGGCCUUGCUGAAGCCACGAGGAGGAGCCAGUGUGGGGGAGGAGACCCGGGGCGAAUCCAAGGGCUUUGUGGUGAGAGAGGCACCUUGGACCACUAGCAGUGAGAAGGCUCCUGAUAUGAGCAGCUCUGAGGACUUCCCCAGCUUUGGAGCUCCUGUGGCCCAGAAGGCCUCUCCAUGGGGCCCCAAACGGUUCUAGUGAGGAAGAGAAAGCUGAAAAAUGAAGAUGGACGUUCAUCGCACCAGACUCUUGGCCCCUCUGCUUUUGCUCUCCCCAAUUUGGUCUGACUGCGUUCACUGACCCCCCCCACCCCUUCAAAAUACUCUGCUGCAGCCUUUCACCCAUGGCAAGGGAAGCAGUCCCAAUGGUUUUUUGGACCCUUGACUCAUGCUCAAAUCAGGUCUAAUCAUGUGGCCUAUAAAUGUUGGAGGCAUGUCAGAUGGUUGAACGUGCUGGGUUUAGCUCAUCUGUAGAAAAUUGCUUUUCAGCUCUGGAUAUAUUUCAUAUUCAGCUGUUGCUUCAGUUUAUUCUGUUUGGGCUGUGAGUAGACCUGAUAUGUGCAUAUUGCAUUCAGUCUCAGUGUCCCCCCCCCCCCCCCCCCCUUCGGCUCUUGCAGGAGACUCCUCUGUCCAGCCUGUUGAGUAAAUCUGGCCAACUUCAUCAGGCUGUACGGGGGGACGUUUUACUGCAUUGUAAGAACAGUCCAUUUCAGGUAGAAAACUAUGACACAGAAUUAUCAGUAAAGUCACCUUAUUUCCAUCCCUCAUUGUGGAUGCACAUUUGUGCAGUCAUGUUCUACAAUGGUGAAACUGUGCUUUUCAAUCCAAAGCUGUUGCCAGGGUGACUGAACAAAGCUGUCAGGGAUGGAUGAACUAUCCCUCUGUGAGUUGCCUUGGAAACAGAUGUUUGUUACCUCCUGAUAAGAGAUGAGAAACGUGUCCCUCUAAUUGCACUUUUUUGGUGGAAGAGAAACUUUCCCCACUUUGAAAGAGUGCCAGCUGUUUCAGCAGCCCCCGCCUGGAACAAUUAAGAACAAUCGACAGUGUUUGGGCAAUCUACCCCCCCCCCCCCCCCCCCCCCCGCCUUGUUUUGUUAAUGUAAGGCUUGAAACUUUGCUAGUGCAGACAGGGCAGGAGAGGCGGAACCCAUUCUAUGCAGACAUUAGUUUGGAAACUGGACUUGUACACUACAGAAACAUGCAUGACUCAGACUGCCAGAUUUUUUGUUUUGGGAGCUGAUGUGAUCUACACCCAGAAUUCCAAAGUGUCUCCCACACUAACUGCACAAACACCGUACUUGUUUUUUUUUUUCCAGCCUCUGGAAAGAAAGGCUUUGGUCUGCUUGUUUGCUUCCAGUCAUAUCUGUCUUUCAGUGUCCAGUCCUUUUUCUUGUCUUCCAGUUGCUGGGCAGAUCAUUGUUUCCAUGGCAACAACCCUCUUAUUGGCCUUAAAAGAUUAUGCAAGAACAAAGUGAAGAUUAUGGAUAACACUGGAAUUUAAUGUCCAAAAACAAUAAAAAAUGUAAAAGUG